CUGAAUCUGAUGCUAUGUUUUCUUUGUCUGUUAUAUGCAGACAUAAUUUUUUAGUAUAUGAAGUACCUGGGUGUCCACCAUAUUUAGCUAUAGAUAAUUGUUUUUCAGAAAAUGUUAUGCUAUGUAGAAUAGAUGCCACACACCUUGAAAGUGUUUUUCCCAAGUCAUAUGUACAAGAUUUAGCUCUAUGUCAGUCUAUUGUCUAUGAUAUAUUAUAUCAUGGUGUCUACAACUUUGGUGAAGAAGAAAUAAAAGAAGCAAUACAAAUAAUAAGGGAACAAGAAGGAAAACAGAGGAAGAAGUCCUAUAGAUACAGUGGAACUCCAUGCAGCAGUCCAGACUCCAGUGACAGUAGCGGGGAACAAUCGCCAGAAAAAGCCUGCAUUCUUUACAACCGUCAUUCGGAAGAUACUGGUAUUUUUAUAAUAAAGCCCCCUGUACCAUUUAGAAUAGCUAAAGCCUUAGAUCCUCUGAUAUACAGGAACACAGAACUUGAUAUUUGGGAAGAAGAUAAAAGAGAAGCAAGACACAAAGCCAUCGUAUACUGUCCUGGUGAUAGGUGUAUGAUAGUAUCAGAAGAAGGAAAACAAUUAUAUCAUGGACACAUACAAGAAGUGUUUGACAACAAAGCUGUGAUCGCAUUUAUUGAAGAAUUAGGAGAAAGGAAAGAAGUAGAUGUAGAUAGACUACGUCCAGACAAAUCAGCUAAAGCUAGAUCUAUUAUUAAGCACUGGCAAAAAAGGCGGAUGAAAGCAAUGACUGUUGAACAGAAUCUUCCCCCUCGCAUGACCCAGCCUGCAGCUCUCCCCCCUCCUCCUCUUUCUAAUGUACAGAAUGAAAAACAAGCAGUACCAGUAUCUAACAUGCCACCCCCUCCACCAGUUACGAUGGCUGUCCCAUUACAGCCACCACCAGUCUUCCAUCAGCCUCCACUUGUGGCAUACGGUGGCCCAAUGAUGGAACAACCACCACAUCCACAUAUGAAUGUACCUGUGGCAUGUCUUGGUAUGGAUGGUCAGCCACCACCCAUUCCACCUCAUAUGAUGAAUGGUGGUGCCAUGGUUGCCUACAAUGGUGAGAAUGGCAUGAUGGGACAAGAAAGUAUGACAAAUCCUGUAGUUUAUGUUCCAUUCAUGGAAACAAUUAUGCCUACAGAAGUUAAUGUGGAUUAUCCUCCUUCUGAAGAUUCCAGGGGAUUGGAUCUCCCUCUUAAUGAUAUCAACACACUAAGAUUCUUUUUUAACCUUGGUGUCAGUCAUUACAGAACUGUUAGUCUUCUGAGUCACUCGAUGGCUGCUAGUCACAAUGGAAUCACACAGGGUCAGUCUCCGAUUGUUUUAUGUCAGUCUGCCCCAGUAACAAAAUAUAAAACUAGUCCUAGUAAUGGAGUUGAGUGUGCUCCCGUCUUUACAACUUUCAUACAACCAACAACGCAUAGUCCGGACAAUGGUAAUGAAAAUGACGACAGAAGUAGUAACAUAUCGAAUGAUAGCGGGUGUGAGGCAAACAAGAAUGAUAGCGAACAAGAUAAUGUCAAAAAUAACGAGGGUAGCAUGAAUGAGAGAAAUGGUAAUAGUUCAGAUAUGUCAAUAUCCGAUUCUGUCAGCACUCCACCUCCAGAGAUCGAUACAUCUUCAGACCAUGGUUAUAAGACUGUUAAACGUAGGAAAUAUUUUAUGUAUAAAAAUCUCAAGCUUAUAAAGCCGAUAAAAGAAAUUCCUACAAAAUAUCUUGAUUUGUUAAAAUAUUUAAGUCUUGAAAAAUCAAGGUGUGAGGGUGAACCAAUCAUUUUGGCACCUCAGAAUGUACCUCAACCUGUUAAUGUUGGGAAUAUUGCACAUAAUCAGAUGCCACUGUCACAGUGUAAUUCAUGUCAAGUCAACUUGAACCCUUCGGCACAGAGUUUUGUUCCAGGGAAAGUUCCAAGUGGCAUGGUAAUUUCAAAUUUACCAAAUAGCUGUAGUAGUCGAGGCAACAAUAAUACAAGUAAUAGUAAGAAUAGCAUGCCACCACCAUCCUCUCCUUCUGUGCACACUGCAUGUUCUAGUCAUACUCGCCUGCCUAAUAUGCCUAAACCUUAUGUAUCGCCAUUGCCACAUAACAUUAACUUUUCACAUUUUCAUACCAUUCCCUUUCCAGCAGGUCAAUGAAGAUCACAAAGAUUUAAGUUUCCAGGUUAGAAGCAUCAUUCACCUAGGUGCAGGGCCUCAGCCUCAUUUUAUGAUGUUGGUGACGGAAGAAAAAAGAAAAAAUGACAUUAUGUAUUUUGGUGCUCAACAAAGGUUCAUGCAUUAAUAAACAUUCAUCAGAAACAGAAAUCCAAAUUGCAUAUGAACUUAUUCUAGUCAAAUGAGUGUUUACUUCAAAGACAAUUGUUGCCAUGGUGAUGGGUUUUAGUUCUUUGGUUGUGGAUGUAAACUUUUGAUAUAUAUAUGAAUAUCUGCACAUAUUUCUCCUAUGAAUACUAAAUUACCAUACAGCAGACUAUAAUUUAAAAGUCGACAAGUUCAAUAAUCAAACAUCUGAAAUGGGGUAUAAUUUUCAUUCGAUAGAUAAACAUGUUCCAGACAAAUAGAAUAUACUAGCAAACUGUCUGCGGAUGCAUGAUCUGCCUUUCUGUGAACAAUUUUUGCACGUUUAUGUUCAACCACUGCUGUAUUUACAGGAUCUUGUUAGGCACAUGUCUAUUAAUGCCCUUCAUUUUCUUUUAUUAAGGCUCCCAGGUAUCAAGGGAGGUGAGAUCACUGGAUAGUAUUGUUUCUAACUUUAGAAUCAAUACUGAUGCUGAAUCUACCAAAUAGACAUAAUUAAACUAUUUCAAGUCAUAAAAAUUAUGUUAACAUGCUGUGUAUUAAUAAUCCAUUUUUCUUGUUACCGGUAAUAAAGAUAUCACAUUUUUCUCCUGUAAAUACUAAAUUACAAUACAGCAGACUUUGUAAUUUAAAGGUUGAUGAGUUCAAUAAUCAAAUAUCUGAAAUGGGGUACCAUUCAUUGGUAGAGGGAUUUGUAUGAAUAGACAAUAUCAAUUUUUGUUGCUAUUAUAGUUCCUUCAUUUCUUAUCAGCUUGUCUUCAAAUUUAUAUAAACAGGUUUCCACUCAUCAAAACCGUGGAUGAGUACAAUGAUGUAAGAAAAAUCUGAAAUGGGGAGCCAUUUUUCAGAGAGGGAAUUUGUGUAAAAAAAAUUCCCAAAUUUAUUAUUGUUGCCAGGACAAAACCUUCUUUUGUUUAAAAUUCUCUUCAAAUUCAUAUGAGAACUCCAGUCAUCAAAACCGCGGAUGAGUUCGAUUUUGUCAAGAAAAAACAGAAAUAGGGUACUACUUAAGGGGAAUGGGACUUGUAUAAAUAUCCCAAACUAUUAUGGGUUGGAUAGAAUCACUCUGUCUGCUGUAUGGUACACAUACACAUCAUAUAUUUCAUAAUGUAUAAAACUUUCUUUCACUGUUAGUGUCACUGGACUAUGUUGCAUAUCGUUUACAAAUGGCAGCAAUAUUAUAACCUUUUUGUACUUUAAAUACUAAAUUUUAUAAUGAUCAACAUUUAACAUGCACAUUUAAAUGAAAAAGAGAAAUUUUAAAAGUGAAAUAGCUACUCUUCAAAAACACCCUUUUUCAUCAAAGAACAAGUUCUAGAGUAAAUGGUCACGAAGUCUGUUUACUCGCAUAACACUCUUGACAAGUCAUCUUUGCUCAUAAAUAUUCUCUUUAGAUUUGUUAAGAUAUCAGUGAAAUUUAUUAGCAGAAGAAAGAUUGAAUAGAUUGAUUUGUUGCAUUUUACAUUAUUUAGAUAAAUAUGCAGUUGAGAAAAUAACAUUUUUUGUCAACUCCAAAUGUUAUAUCCUAAAAAGUUAGUUGUCAUGGUUACAUUGCUGUCAUUUUAUAUUUAUUGCUUCUUAUUAAACACCCUACCGUAUACCAUGCUUGCAUUUUUAUUUUAAACAUUCUUUCAUACUCACAGAUUUUCAUACCACAAACAGAUCUGUUGUAAGAUCACUAAGGAAUACUUGAAUCUGAAUCCUUCAUGAUUUUAAAAUUCAGGUACAUUUUUGCCUGUCUGCUUGUAUGAAGGUAAAACUGGAGAAAAAGCUAUUUCUCAAUUUUUUUUAAACACAUUUAUAAUUCAGGUAUAUUUUUGCCUUUCAGCUUGUUUGCAGGUAAAACUAGAGGAACUGCAAUUUCUCAAAUUUUUUUUU